AUGGGUGCCCUCGACGCUGGCAUCAGCUUCAUACAUGGCUGCAACCUUGGGGCUAUAAGUUUCCUCAAUUGGGUGUCUGUUUAUCAGAAGACCUACUACAAAGACAGCGAGGACAAUUAUGGAGGAACUGAAAUUAUAGAGAUACUAGAUUUGCAAGGUUAUCUCUAUUACCUGGGGCACUUUGUGCAUCCAAUCCCAGCAAUGCUCUCAGAAGCUGGUGUUGCUGGGGUAUAUAUAAGCCGGAAUCCAUUAUCCAAUAGACGAUUAGGCUCUGGCGUCGCAGAUAUUUCUGAGUAUCCCAAGCACAAUCUUUCCAUCGGGUUGGGUGUUGAUGGGGAAGCAAGUAGCGACUGUUGCGAUCUAUUUGAGAACAUGCGUAUGGGCAUUUAUUCCAUUCGUGGAAAGUACAAGGAUCCUCAGGUCCUGAACCCAUUUGAUAUGCUUCAUAUACACACCCUUGGGGCAGCUCAAACACUAGGUAUAGCAGACAGGGUAGGCAGCAUUACUGUUGGGAAAUAUGCGGAUAAGAUACUCCAUGAGCCACCCAGAGCUUUACUAGGUAGUGACCCUGUCCCAAUCUUGGUUCUAUCUGCUGUGGUCGAACAUAUACAGGAGGUAUUCGUAGGUGGUGUUUCAAUACUACCGAACCCUUUUGCGUCUAAAGUCCGUCGCGAAAAGGCACCCAGAUUUCUUUAG